CCAGGAGAAUGCGGACGUGUUUGAUUUCGAACUAUCGGAUGAGGACAUGAAUAUUCUGCACACAGGAGAGUAUUCGCCAACGGACUGGGAUCCUACUCUUGACUAUGAUUAGACGGGUGGAUGUAGAUAGUUGGUGCUGCUGUGGUAAGAGAUAGUGUAGUAGAAGAUCGGCCCCCGCGCUGCUUAGCAAUCGAUCAUUUUGACAUCUGCAACCCCACCAUCACCACCCUCCAACUGCAAUCUCGCCCUCGCCUCCCUCUUAAACAAGGAAGCUCUUGAAUGCGAAAAUAGAUUUUUUGUAUUAUCAAGCCUGCUAUAAUCAGCGACCAUGAAGUUAAUCCUUUCCACCUCGAAUAUAAUGACCUCUGGCGGCCCCUCCGUCAUCCGCCAACCGUCAACGUUCAAAUCCAAUGUCGAACUAGUAAACUCCCUCCGCGCAAACAUCCAAACCGCGCAACAAUCAACCGCGACCACAAGCAACGGGACUUCAACCGAACACUCGGCCUCAUGGACAAGAAAGGACGAUGAUGCACUAUAUAUCCCUGCUGUGGACUUCUCGCAGCGCGGACUCGCCGAGGAACGCUCCCAAUACGACAUCACCGUCAAACUAUUCUACCUCCCCGGCAUCCCCAUCUCACGCCGAUGCGCGCACACAAAACAGGCGAUCGAUCUCGUGCUGAAGGAGUUGCAUGUUGACUCGAUCGACCUGCUGAUCGUUUCUUUCCCCGGGAUUCUCUUCGAUGCGGAAGAUGAUAGCGAGGAAGAGGAAGUCAGUUCCGUUGAUGACGGGAGCGAAGAGCAGUCCGACGACUUCGAUAGCCUGGUGCAGACAUGGCGCAGUCUAGAGAGUCUCUAUGAUCAGGGGAAGAUCUCGCAGUUGGGCGUUGCGGAGUUCGGGAGUGAGCGGUUGGCGAGGUUUCUCGAGCACACGCGGGUCAAGCCGUCUGUGGACCAGAUUAAUUUGAAGGACUGCUGUGUUGUCCCGAAGAGUCUGAUUCUGUAUGCGAAGCAAGAGAAGAUUGAUUUGCUGACGCAUAAUGAUUGUAAUGACAUCCUGCCUGUUGGGACGACGAGAGAGUUGCUGGGGCCGGGCGAGCGUGGGGCAGGGAUUCUGGCAUCGACGGCGGAUGCGCAGGAUGGUGUGCAGGGGGAUAUUGAGACGCAGUGGGUGGUGAAGUAUACGGCUGUGGUGAAGGACCGGGGUGUUGUUGAGAACAAGGGUUAUUUUGCCCUUGCGGAUGUUGGGAGCUGUGUUGAGCCCUGACUUUAGUUUCGUCGUCUACAGAUUUGUUUCUUCGCAUGUAAAAGCGUGGCGUUUAUGC